GUCAUACCCGUCGUGUUUACACUGUGCAGCUUUGUCGGAAUUGCUGUGACUAGUGCUGGAAUACAGCUUUACGGCGAAGUCCUGUGGAACCCUCUUCUAUUAAUCGAUCGUUGGGAGAAUCGGGCCGCAGCCUUUUUCGCCUCCUUCGUAUUCGCAUUGACAAACUAUUGGUACUAACAUCAGUGCCAAUUCACUCGGGGCGGGAAACGAUUAUGACAGUUCUGUGUCCCAAGUAUAUCAACAUCAGGCGCGGACAAAUAGUGUGUGCCAUUAUUGGCGGUUGGGCUCUGUGUCCAUGGGAGAUUCUCGCCAAUGCUGCGGGGUUCCUGAAUUUCAUGGAUGGAUAUACCAUUUUCCUAGGCCCCUUUGCUGGUAUCAUGGUCACCGAUUUUUACCUAGUGCAUAAAGGUUGUGUCGAUGUCCCCGCUAUGUACGACCCUUCAGGACGAUAUCGCUACACCGCGGGCUUUAAUUGGCGCGCGGUCUUGGCAAUGGUGGUGACAGUUGGGCCCACGCUUCCCGGCCUUAUCAACUCGAUCAACCCAGCUAUCAAGAUAGGAUAUGCGAUCCAUUUAUUCGACAUCGCGUGGAUGUAUGGGUUUGUGGUCGCAUCGCUGGUUUAUUACGUUACAUCGUACUUCUUCCCUCCUCGCGGCACCUAUGUUGAUGUCCUAAUCUCUGCGGACGACGCCAUGCCCAUAGACAAGCAGUAUGAAAAGGGCAUAAAAUCUCACACAGAAACCGUGGAGAGUGGCACUGAAGGCGAGGAUAAGAAGAGCGUAGAUGUGGAGGCCAUUGAAAUGCAGGUGUAACACAUGCGUAAUACCUCGCAUACCAUGUAUCUCUCCGCCAUCAAUGUUGAUUGACCGUUGCGAGAUUUGACUAGCAUUUUUCGGGCUGGCGAUUGU